UUCUCAAUUUGGUGGUAGUUAUGAAAAAACUUAAUUUUAUUUGGCUUUUUGUAUUACUCCUGCAUUGCACUAAUGGGUUCUUGUUACAAAUGGUAUCGCAUCUAUUAGGAGGACCAGAGUGCAUGACGUUAACCCAAUUACUGCGAUCAAUCCAGAUUUCAUGCAAUGAACAAAGACAUAACAAAACACUGUGGAGUCAAAUCAUUGAAUGUCACAGACCGAUGACUGAUGAGUUCAUGCGGACCAGCUCGGAAGCUUUAUGUCCUAGUCCAAAACACGUACAAAAUACAACAGACGAGAGAUUUUCUAUAGAGGAAGUCUUUUUUAAUGUCUGCGGAAUAGUUGCUGGCCCAGUUGAAACACUUGCUGGUCACGCUUGUAUAACAUUCGGAAGAGGUACACUUCCAUCUCAUGCUGAUGAAGUUAAGGAGGUAAAAAGAAGAUGGGGUCAAGAUCUGCCGUGCAACAUUGGAAAAUGCACAAAGCAACUGGGCUUGAAUUUGGGCCUCUGACAUUUUCAUUUCGAUACUAUUGCAAUGUAAUGAAUCAACCCUGUGAAAUGAUUCGUUUCAAUAAACAUAUUUAAAUGGGACAUGGAUCAUGUUGACGUUUUCACCACUUGUCAGCAAAUUUUCUGUAGCUGAAUAUGGGGCUGUCGUAGUUUUCAGGAUAAAAGUGCAAGAAACGACCGUAUUCAGCUUUGAAAACAAGGAUGUUUAUUUUGUAGUUUUUUUGGGAGAAUGGUACGUCCCAUGCCGCGCCGCAUGCGAUUUUGGUUUUUUCGCAUUUCCUUUAAAAUUUGUUUGUUGCUGACAUCUAUCCAUUAGUU